CCACAGUUUGAAGGAUGCAUCAAAUACGAUUCACACUAUCAUCAUCGCCAGCAUGUCUUGGGCAAUCCAUUCGCAGCCACCGUCGGUCAACGACACGCACUGCUCAGGCGCUGGCCUGCUGCCCAGCACGCAGCCCUGGUCCAUUGUCUACAAGACGCUGCGCCAGUACGCCGACAAUGGCGCCGAGCUCCCCUUCCCACCCAAAGUGGACCUGCGCGGCAAAAAUGUCCUCAUCAGCGGUGCCAACAGUGGCCUGGGCGAGCGUGCCGCCUACAGGUUUGCCUUGUGGGGCGCCCGCGUCAUCUUGGCCUGCCGCGAUCCCCCACCGCACGAGCCGCACCCGGAAAAGGUCAUCGAGGACAUGAUCCGCGAGGCCGGCGGCCAGAUCAAGCCGGAGCAGCUCGAAUGGUGGAAGGUCGACUACUCCUCUUUUGAUUCGGUCCAGGCGCUGGGUCAGCGCUGGAACGAGAGCGGGAGGACGCUCGACAUUCUCUGCAACAAUGCCGGUCUCUCGACGGGCAAGUUCGUCAUUACAAACGACGGCGUGGAGCUGACGCGAUCCGUCAACUUCUUGGGUCACGCUCUCCUGACCCUGACUGUCUUGCCCUCGAUGAAGAAGGCCGCCGCUCCCAAAAUCGUCAAUACCGUCUCGUGCUUCCACUACGGCGGUCGCCUCGACUUCUCGUCGCUCGACUACGAAAAGGGCCAGUCCCGGGGCAUCGGCGGCGUGCGAGCCUACUGCGACACCAAGCUGCUCUUCAUGAUGUGGACAAAGGAGCUGCAAGAGCGUCUCUCUCGGUCCGAUGAGUACCGCCACAUCAUCGUCAAUGGCGUCCACCCGGGCUAUGUCAGCUCCAACAUCUGGCAAGAUCCAAACGUUCAAGGCCUUCCGUGGCCGUUGCCCCUGCUGCAGGGCUUGCUGCUCAAGGCUCGCGCCAUCGACACGACGCAGGGCUCCCUCUGCAUCCUUAAUGGUGCCCUCCACCCGCAGUUCGGCUUCCGGCCCUCGGAGCUGCAGGACCACGAGCCAUUCCAGGGCGAGUCGGCGCAGCGGGGCGGCAACUACAUCGACAGAGACACGGCCAAGGUACCCCGGCCAGAAGUCGAAGACGUCCUUGCGCGGUCGAGGCUCUGGCAGAGGACCCUUGAAGACAUCAAGGCAGACAAGCGGGGCCUGGGCAAGGAUGUGCCCGGACACCUCACUGGACUCGACUAGAUAUUCAUUCCGUUGACUUUCUAUUGUUUGCAAUGCAAUGACUUAAAGAUACUCUUCCACAAGACCCACCAAGGCGUCUACGAUCGCCCUUUCCACAAACUCCUCCUCGCUUCCUUCAUCUUUCGCAACAAACAUCCCUCGUCUGUACCGAACAGCAAUGCCGACCCGAUCCUUGUCCUCGUCAAUGGCGAAAUCGACGCCGACGUCCUGAGGCACACAGUCAAAGAGAUUUGGGUCAAACGCAGCACCCUCAACGCUUCCCUCUUGCCGUCCGAGAAGGGUAGCGUUUGGGGCUUUCUGAGGGAGGUGCUGCAUCUCGACUGACUCUAGAGCCGUCGUCCUCCCUUGUCCAGAGAUCCACAGGACAUUGACGUAGCUGUUCCACAGCUCUUCUCGUCCA